AAUAAGGUUACUUUGAUUUUGACUAGUCUUUAUAGUCCAUGACAGUCUUGAAUAUCUUGGAUCAUGUCAAGUCGGAGUUGAUAAGAAGCCGACAAUUAAUUUGCAUUUAGUCGGAUUUUUAUUAGUAAUUCUCGUGCUUAAAACAUAUAUAUAUAUGCGUAUAUAUGGGCCGCGUUUCAUCCGAAAAUCGUAAUUUCAUUUUUCCGGCAUUAUUUUAUUAUUUUGUCGCUCACCUGUCUGUCCAUUUAACGUGCUCCGAUUUACUCGUUACUUGACGAUAUGAUGCCAAACACGGACGUUUAUGACACUUUGUAUCUGUACGCAACUCCGGAGAAGUUUUUUGUGGAGCCGGUCGGGACCAAAGUCCUGCUAGUGGUUGAUAGAGUGAGUCAGCAAAUCUACACGCAAGUUGGUACAGCUAGUCAAAUUCCAACAACUGCCAGUCGUAGAAAAAUAUGGGGACUGGUGGGGACCAUACGCCUUUUGGCGUGUCGUUAUCUCAUUGUUAUUACGGAUGCUCAAAUGUGUGGUACUAUAGCUGGGCAUAACAUCUACAAGAUAUCAUCGACAGAGGUGAUACCUUAUACAAGAUCGUCUUUACAUUUGACUGAAAAACAAGUGCAAAAUAAUGCCACAUAUUUGGAGAUGGUGAAAUCAGUCUUGAAUACACCAUACUUUUACUUCAGUUACACCUAUGAUCUCAGUCAUACCAUGCAGAGGCUGCAUAACACAACACCUGAAUUCUUGCAAAUGCCGCUUCACGACAGGGCAGAUCCCAGGUUUGUAUGGAACGCCUACCUCCUGCAGGACUUAAGUGCAAGACCAGAGCAGUACAAAUUCUGUUUGCCCAUCAUUCAUGGCUUCGUUUCGCUGAAUACGGUGGUCGUGAACGGUAUCGCAUUCAAUUGGGGCAUUGUCUCUAGACGUAGUGUGCAUCGUGCUGGCACGAGACUAUUUUCGCGUGGUAUAGAUGCCACGGGCAACGUUUCCAAUUAUGUGGAGACGGAGCAGCUGAUCGAAAUAAACGGCGAUCGCAGUUCUUUUGUGCAAACGCGCGGAUCCAUUCCUCUGUUUUGGUAUCAAGCACCAAAUUUAAAGUACAAGCCAAAGCCACAAAUCAGUCCACAUGAAGACCAUCAAAGUGCUUGUGCGCGGCACUUUGACGUUCAGAUCUUUCACUAUGGAAAGCAAAUCUUAGUGAAUUUGAUCGAUCAAUGUGGACCAGAAGCACUACUUGAAAAUGCAUAUCGCAAUUUAGUCCAAAGAAUUAAUAAUCAAAAUAUUCGAUACGAGGCUUUUGACUUUCAUGCCGAAUGUAGAAGAUUGAAGUGGGAUAAAUUAAACACUUUACUGGAUCGAUUAGCCCAUGAUCAGGAACAGAUGGGGUAUUUCCUGUUAAUGAGGGAUGGAGCAUUGCUUUCGGCUCAGGAUGGCGUUUUUCGUACGAAUUGCAUCGAUUGCUUGGAUCGAACAAAUGUUGUACAAAGCAUGCUGGCGAAGCGAGUUCUCAAUGAAGUAUUGAGCAGGCUAGAAAUACUUAGAAAAGUGGAAGAUCAUCCCGCAUUUGAAAACCUUUUUAAACAGGUUUGGGCCGAUAAUGCGGACGUGAUAAGUAUUCAAUAUUCCGGCACAGGAGCGUUGAAGACGGAUUUUACGCGAACUGGAAAACGCACUAAGUUGGGCGCGAUGAAAGAUGGUCUAAAUUCGCUAACGAGAUAUUACAAGAACAAUUUCGCCGAUGGAUACAGACAGGAUUCGAUGGAGCUUUUUCUGGGUCGCUAUAUUAUACAGGACGGCGAAUGCACUUCCAUUCAAUGUCCUUUGGAAUCCGAGCGAAAUUGGCGUUACGCUACAUUCCCGCUCGUUCUUUUAGUCGCAUCCUCGAUGUUAGUCGCUCAUGUAAUAUUACCAUCGCGAUACACAACGGAAAUAUUACUUUAUAUGUUAUUCUGGGGUGCUAUGGUAGCCGGCACUUUCGCCACUAUUAUCCACCAUGGCAAGCAAUACGUCGAUAAGCCAAAAUUACUUUAGAAUUAAUUAAUAAUUCCAUAAAAUUUUAAAUUACAUAUAGAUAUAUUGUACAAUGUUGAUAAUCGACGGCGAUAAGCGGUUGUAGAAUUCUAUUAGUUUUGCACAAUUAUUAGUUAAAUGAUCAAUCAGUAUCUUGGUUUUUUUAUCGUGGCACAUAGAUCUCAUCGUGUGAAGUAAUAAGGUUUACCUUCGUAAAAAAUUAACAUUCUCAUCUCUGGCGAUAUUAUUCGUGUUUCACUGUAAGAUGAUUAGAGGUGACUAUAUUCGUUGAAUGCAUUUUUAUUGGUGGUACAAGGUAUAUGUCGAGCAAGGUAUAUGUGGUAUCUCUUAUACGAAUUAUCAUUGGUGAUUUUUUGCAUCUUUUGCAUGAUAGAUAGUGGAGUAUACAGUUUUCGAAUGAUUCUUGUUCCGUAGGGUUUGUUUGAUAUCUGGACGAGUUCUUGUAAAGUGAUGUGUUGUAAAGAGUUAGGCCUUUGGUCUCCGGCAGCGUUUACGUGAGUAGGGCUAACCGCAGAUUGUGCUCAGCACCUACCGUCCAUAGAUAAUCUGCAGCUGGUUUCCGAUUCGGGGUAUAAAAAGGUUUAAAAAACCUUUUUCACAAUCUUUCCGAUUUUGGCAAAUGCAUUGCAAUUUUUUCUGUGCGUGGUUCCAAAUUAUUCUUUUAUAGUGAAUAUGUUUUUGAAUUCAAGAAAAUAAAUAUUUCUUAUAUACAUAAGAAAAAUUUUUAU